GGCCCUCCGCGAUCCUCCUGCCCUCCAGAGGGCGCUGCGCUCCCCGCGCUGACCUCGCUUCCCGGUAUGCCUUGCGCUCAUGAGGAGGCGUGGGGGGAGGGGCUCCUUCCGCGUGUGUGAGUGAGUGAGUGAGUGGGGACAGAGAGGCAGACAGAGAAAAACGAGGUCGGAGAGAGACGGACGGAGAGAGACGAGAGGAAGAGGAAAGGGCGCGAGCGCAAGCGGGCUCGAGAGGAGAGCGCGCCUCCUUCUCGCUCCCACGCGCGCGCCUCCCGCCCCCUCUCCCCGCCCCCCGCCGCCUUGGCGCCCAGAGCUCGUUCGGGCCCAGCGGGAGCGCGCGCCGCAGGCAUUCGAGACGGGGCGUUGAGAGGCCGGGCUAGAGCGUCGCGGAGUCGGAGGCAAGAGCCCGAGCCCGAAGCCGCGCGCUUGUGUCUCCGCUGCGUCCGCCGAGGCCCCCGGAGCGUCAGGGACAAAGCCGCCGCCGCCGCUCUCCGCUCCCGCUCUCGCCGGGGCCCAUCCGCCGCCGCCGCCCUGAGGAGAGCCAGCCGCCGCCGCCGCCUUCCCCGCGGAUACCCGAGCCAUGUCGGCCAGCAGCCUCCUGGAGCAGAGACCGAAAGGUCAAGGCAACAAAGUACAAAAUGGAUCUGUGCAUCAGAAGGAUGGAUUAAACGAUGAUGAUUUUGAACCAUACUUGAGCCCACAGGCAAGGCCCAAUAAUGCAUAUACAGCCAUGUCAGACUCUUACCUACCAAGCUACUACAGUCCUUCAAUAGGCUUCUCCUAUUCAUUGGGUGAAGCUGCCUGGUCUACUGGGGGUGACCCACCUAUGCCCUACUUAACAUCUUAUGGACAGCUCAGCAAUGGAGAGCCCCACUUCCUACCAGAUGCAAUGUUUGGACAGCCAGGGGCUCUAGGCAGCACUCCAUUUCUUGGUCAGCAUGGUUUUAAUUUUUUUCCCAGUGGGAUUGACUUCUCAGCUUGGGGGAAUAACAGUUCUCAGGGACAGUCUACUCAAAGCUCUGGAUAUAGUAGCAAUUAUGCUUAUGCACCUAGCUCCCUAGGUGGAGCCAUGAUUGAUGGACAGUCAGCUUUUGCCAAUGAGACCCUGAAUAAGGCUCCUGGUAUGAAUACUAUAGACCAAGGGAUGGCAGCGCUGAAGCUGGGCAGCACAGAUGUUACAAGCAGUGUUCCAAAAGUGGUUGGCUCUGCAGUUGGCAGUGGAUCCAUUACUAGUAACAUAGUGGCAUCCAAUAGUUUGCCACCGGCCACUAUUGCUCCUCCCAAGCCAACAUCUUGGGCUGAUAUUGCUAGUAAGCCUGCAAAACAGCAGCCCAAGCUGAAGACCAAGAAUGGCAUGGCAGGGUCAAGUCUUCCACCACCCCCAAUAAAACAUAACAUGGAUAUUGGAACUUGGGAUAACAAGGGUCCUGUAGCAAAAGCCCCCUCCCAGGCUUUGGUUCAGAAUAUUGGUCAGCAGCCAACCCAGGUAUCACCUCAGCCCGUAGGUCAGCAGAUAAACAAUAGCCCACCAGUGGUGCAGGCCGCAGCAGGGCAGCAGCCACAACCUUUGCCUCCACCGCCACCACCACAGCCUACCCAGCUUUCUGUGCAACAACAAGCAGCCCAGCCCACCCGUUGGGUAGCACCCCGGAACCGUGGCAAUGGGUUUGGGCAUAAUGGGGUAGAUGGUAAUGGAGUGGGGCAGUCUCAGAACAAUUCUGGGUCUGCUCCUGCAGAACCCCACCCAGUGUUGGAGAAGCUGAGGUCCAUCAAUAAUUAUAACCCCAAGGAUUUUGACUGGAAUCUGAAACAUGGCCGGGUUUUCAUCAUCAAGAGUUAUUCUGAGGACGAUAUCCACCGUUCCAUUAAAUAUAAUAUCUGGUGCAGCACAGAACAUGGCAAUAAGAGACUGGAUGCUGCUUACCGCUCCAUGAACGGGAAAGGCCCCGUUUACUUACUUUUCAGUGUCAACGGCAGUGGACACUUCUGUGGCGUAGCAGAAAUGAAAUCUGCUGUGGACUACAACACAUGUGCAGGUGUGUGGUCCCAGGACAAAUGGAAGGGACGGUUUGAUGUCAGGUGGAUUUUUGUGAAGGACGUUCCCAAUAGCCAGCUGCGGCACAUUCGCCUAGAGAACAACGAGAAUAAACCAGUGACCAACUCCAGAGACACUCAGGAAGUGCCCCUGGAAAAGGCAAAGCAGGUGUUGAAAAUCAUUGCCAGCUACAAGCACACCACCUCCAUUUUUGAUGACUUCUCACACUAUGAGAAACGCCAAGAGGAGGAGGAAAAUGUUAAAAAGGAACGCCAAGGUCGUGUGAAAUAAAGGCAGCUCUCCUGCAAUGACUGCAGCAACGGUUGCAUCUGAAUAUCCUUCUGAAAGAGAGAAGAGAAAUGACCUUUGAAAGAAUUAGGACUUUUUUUCUUAAUUUCAUUGACUUCAAAGAGACGAUUGCAGACUUGCAGUUAAAAGUAUUGGAAUUUCACAAAAGACAUAGGACUUAACUGGAAAAGAAAAAAAAAAGAAAAAAAAAGAAAAAAAAACUAAACAAAAAAUCCCUCUAGGUAGUUUAGGUGAAAAAAAAAUGUCCCCUUUAUUUUUCCUUUGGUUGUGAUUUCAGAGCAUAAUGCUUUGUUUUUUGUCUUUUUACUAUGUUUUUCGGAUUUUAAGGUCCGUAAAUGACAUACAGUUUUUCUCUAAUUUUUAAACCCUUUCCUCCCCCCCAUUUUGACAUUUGCACUUGGAACACCGAGUUGUGAAGGUUUUGGACAUCCACCCCAAAAAGUGGAAUUGGUUUUUCCUUUCCGAACUGGAAGAACAUAUUUAUGAAGAAUUUUUGUCUAGAAGAAUUGAGCAGAGUGUUACCCAAGGUUGUGUCUCUGAGGGUGGUUCAUUUUUCUCUGAUCCUUUGUUACUCAAAGUAAAGUACUAGGAGUCCUAAGAAAUGUUCUGUUCUUGUACAUUAUACAGAUUAAGUCAGGAUUAAUUUGAUUUCAAAGCUAAGAACAGUGGUAAAAACUUGUUUACAGAAAAUGCAUUUUGGAAGAGAAAAAUAUUGUAAAAUGUGUAGUGAAUGUUUCUUCAGUUUCUUGUUCAGCCAAUGAGGAAAGGGCACUGCCUUUCUUUUUACCAUUAAUCACUUCUCAAUAAUAAACGUGAGAUCCUGUUGAGCAUCA